AUGGACAUCAACAAUAGCGUCACAGUGCCCCGCAGCGAAGUAUCCUUCCUUGAGGACACUAGGUUAGCCCGGACCAGAGCCCCGGCUUCGCUUGCCUGCACGGAAUGCCGAAGACAGCACGUGAAGUGCGACGGAGGCCUGCCAAGUUGUCUCCGCUGCUCUCAAAACGCACUGACUUGCCAAUUCCUGCCAUCUCGUCGUGGGGGGAGGCGGAAAAGGGAUCGAGAAUCGCAAUGCUCCACCCAACAAGACUCAACCGCAUCCAGCGCACAUUCUCAGGACAACCAUGAAUCCGGGGUCCUGUCCGACGUACCACGCGCGUCCACGAUGGAGAUUCUGGCCUCAGCGCCGUUGUUGGAUAGUAGCGUCUUGAGCCCAUAUCAUGACGGAGACCCUGGAAGAGGUCAUCAGGAUGAUCGCCUUGUUCGUCUCUUCUACGAAAAUUUCCACGUGGCGCAUCCUAUCUUGGUCCCGGCUGCCAUGUAUCAAGCCCGGAACUAUCCUCAUUUCCUUCAGACCGUGGUCAAACUUAUCGGCUCUCACUACUCGCCAUCAGGGCCCAGUCGGAUCUUGAAAGAGAGCGUCGACUCGGCCUUGACCGUCAGUGGAGAUCGCACGCCGUCCAUGGUUCAGGCUCGGCUAUUGUAUGCGAUCUCUCUGUAUGCGAACGAAGACCGGCCCAAAGCUCUAGAAACCUACUCGAAAUCAGUCGACAUCGCGACUGAGAUAGGUAUGCACAAGGGCGACUUUGCAUCGUCGCUCAAUCUGGAGCAGCCUAUCGAGGCCGAGAGCCUGCGUAGAACCUGGUGGGAGCUCUACCUCGUCGAUAUAUUCAUGAAUAUCUCAGCAGUACCAGUAUCGUUUCGCUACAACGUUUCCGCACCCGAGGUGGCUCUACCGUGCGAAGAAUCCGUCUAUGCCAAGAGCUUAGAAAUUCCUGAACCGGCACGAUUCCUAACGUUCAAGGGCAGGAUAUUUGCCGACGAGGAAACAAUAUUUUCGUCGUUCAGCUAUCGUGUCGAAGCUAUAAUGAUUCUCUGCCGAGCACUCCUUCUGAAUCAGAUUCGAGACCCUCACCGAGAUCACCUUCAAGCUGUAGAAAAUGCUUUGGUGAGUUGGGUGAAUCUCUUACCUACCAAGAAGUUAGACAUCAUUGAUUCGUACGGCAACGUUGACGAGAUGAUGUUCCAAGCACACGUCAUCAUCGCAUAUGCCGCUAUGCUGAUUCAUCUCCCCCGAAGCGAUCUGCGACGUCUGCUCGUGCCACAAGACGUCGGUUGCUGGCCUUGCACGCUCGAGACGCUGCCCCCGACAUUUUCUCGUGUUAUACAUAGCAUCAAGUCAACUGAAGCGUCCAGGCGAGUGUCGGACUUCAUCUCGAUCUGCCCAAACAUUCAGAAGCACUCCCCGCUUAUUAUACCAGCGCUGGGGCUUUGUGGCAUGAUCCAACUUGCUACAUCAGCCAGUCAUAACGAGGACUGUCUUGAUCACCACUACAACCGCGUGACACUGGUCCUGGGCUGUCUGCGGGUCAUGAGACGGACGUGGGUCUCGGCAGACAUGGCGUACAAUCGCGUACGAACAUGUGCAGCUAACAUGCUCACCAAGUCCAGCACAAAGUGGACUGCAAAACCAUCAGAAAAGCGUGCUGGUCCAUUGCAGCCGCCAGACAAUCCCGAUGACGUGAAUCAUAACUCGGGUACAUUCCGUCUCGCACCCGAUAACCAACCACAGCUGCUGGCAGAUUUCGCACAGGAAUUCAUCGAUCCGACCUGCUACGAUGCGUCUAUAUUUAAUCCAUUUGGGGAUUUCGACAUGCAUAUCUAG